UCACUUCAUAUACUGCUCAACAUGUAUAUUCAAUACCAUACCAUUCAUACAUACAAAACACACAGUAAAACCUGUUGCCAGGAGGUAAAUAUCUAAUUAAAAACAUUAAAAACAUCACAAACAGUAAUAGUUUUAAAAGCUUUUGCUUUCGUAGAAAAUCUAAUUGAACAUGUGUAUUGUUUAAACUCGUUUCUGAAAGCAAUGAAGCACGGUGUUUUCCCUAGGAAUUUAUUUUUGUGAAUAUAAAACUUUGCCAUAAUAAUUAGCAGAUAAUUUAAAAAUAGGCUGUUCGAGUUACGUUCAUUAACUGCAAGACCAAAUGGCACAUUUUUCCAGAAUAAUUCAAAGUUUUUGUCAAUGUUCACUAUAAAAAGCCACAGAUCACGCCAGAACUCUUUUAACAAUGGGGCAUUCCCAGAACAAGUGUAACGCUCAUGUCGAACUCAUAUUUUUUGCCCACCAACAAUGACAUCACGACAGAAUUGUACCACGUAGGAUGGAACUAGAAUGUUCGACAAAGUAGAAUUUUAGCAGGCAAGGUAGAAUUUUAGGAGUUAGUGUGUAACCACUACUUUCACGGUCAACUCAUACAAGCAAGUUUACGAACAAACUCAACGAAAAGCCGACAUAAAACUGCUACGAGACAUAUAGAGGAGGAUUAUUUGCUCUCAGUGUGCCAACAUGAGACGGCUGGAGGAGAGCUGGAGGCUCCUCUUUGAGGCCAAGGCUUUUCAAGAGCGGGCCUGGCUGGAGUCAAGAAUAGAGGCAAAAAUGGAGGAGAUGCACUCCCUCAUAUUAGCUGAUGUGGAGUGGAAGAUGCACUCUUUCAUGAAGCUGCUCAUGGAGCAGGAGAGAAGAGCUGGGACUGGGCUUACUAGUGCACUCUGCAUAAGCUGGGCCAUGAGUCCCGAGGACCGGGCCAGACUUGAGCGUUGGGAAAGAGAGGAGGAGGAAGUGAGAGAGAGAAGAAGACAGUUGAAGGAGGCAUGGCCAUCAGUAAGCCUGCAGAAGGUGGACAUCAGGCAGGCUUUUCACCCAGACCCCCGGGUCACUGAGGCUCGUCUGAGAGAGGAGAAGGAAGUGAGAAUGACAGCAGAGCAAUGGAAAGCCAUUGAAAAUGAGAAAAGGAAGAAGGAGGAGGUGAGGAGAGAGAUUAGGGAGAGAUCUGCAAAGCUUGACCAAGAGAAACUGCAGGAAGACAGAAAGGCACUUGAGGUAGAGUGGAAGAACCUGGAGAAGGAGAAACGAAAGAUUGAGGAGGAGAGGAAAGAGAUGGAGCGACAGGCAAAGGUUCAAGAGCAAUUGCAGGCAAAGUUUCAAGAGCAGCAAUUGGAGGAGAAAAGGAGGGAGAGUGAGGCAAGGGAGCGAGAGGAUGCUCUCCGAAAGAAGGCUCUUACGGUUGAGUGUGAGAAGGAAAAGAUCGGCAUAGAGAGGAUGAAAAUAGAGGUGGUGCUGAAGGAGGUGGAGACCCAAAAGGAGCAACUGCUUGAGAAGAGGAAAAAGCUUAAAGAGAAGGUAGUCAGGGAGAGGAGGACAGUGGCGACAGACAAACAGCGUCUGAAGGAGGAGUGGGAGAAGGUUGAGGAGGAGAAAAAGAGAAUGGAAAAGGAGAGGAGGGAGCUGGAACAGAAAGAGGAAGAGCUUCAGGGGGCUCAAGAGAUUGAGAAAAAGCAGAGGGAGUAUAAGGCUCUGAUGAGAGAGAUGGAGAAAGAGAAACAGAAAACUGAGAAGUACAGGAAAGAGUUGAUGGUGGAGAAAGCACAGCAAGGAAACAAGGAGGGGGAGAAAGAGAGUGACGAGGUGAAGCAAAACAUGGAGAUUACUGAGACAGUCAUUAAGCAGGAAAAGGCUGUUGAGGUUGCUCAAGGUAAGGCUGAGAAGGCCGAAGUUCCUGAUGAUAAUUCUUGGGACUCUGAUGAAAGUAACCGAGGGGAACCAUUUAAACCGAAGGCCAAAUGUAACAUUGCCUUGAUGAAGGCUGGAUCCCAGGAGAGCCCAGUGAAGGAGCUACCAAAGCCUGCUGUCAGUGCCCAGGACAAUGAGGACGACUCCUGGGACAGUGAUGAAGAGGUCAUCCCCACGAAGGCCACAAGGGCUCCGACUACUCAGAGGUCAACUCUACCACUGAAGCCAGGAAGCGUGUGCAACGUGCCAGUUAAGAACACAUGCACCAAGAAACAAAGCAAGGCUUUAAAUGAUGCCGAGUUGUUUGAUAAAGAACUCAAGGAGCUUGAGAGAGAAAUGGAAGUCAAAAGAAAGACUACACCAGCUACAAAUAUUCAGAAGGCAGCUGUACCAAUGAAGGCCUUGGUUGAUCCGGAGUUGCUUGAUAAAGAACUCGAGGAGCUUGAGAAAAAGCUAACAGCUGGCCCGAGUAACAGAAAGCCUACAGUUGCCAAAAAUAUUCAGAAGGCAACCGUACCAGUGAAACAAGGAGAUGCAGGCAGCGUUGCAGUCCAAAAAAAACCUUGUCCCAAGAAACAAAGCAAAGCCUUGGAUGAUGAGUUCAGCGAUGACUUGUUCAAUACAGAUCUUGAGGAGAAGAAAGCCACAAGAAAACCAGCAAAGGAGCAUCCGGAUGACACCGAUGCCAUUGUAAGAGAGUUGGAGAAACUUAAUGAGGAGUUAAAGGAUCCUAAAGGAAGCAUGGGGUCCCUUUAUAGUCAACGUGACAAAAGAGCCUACGAGUGGAAACACAAAGACUACCAACAUAAAUUCAGUUCAAAGGGUAUGACUGGCAGUAACCUGACAGGUGUUAAAACUCCUGAAACCAAGAACCAAAAAGUGAACAGUCCACUGUUCCCCAGAGACGCCAUCCAUCUUAAAUAUCUCAAAGGCAGGAGGUUCUAAAGGGGACAUGCAUGACUACAUAUCCUCAGCCUAUGACUGCUGGUCUACCACUGUUUUUAGAUUUGAGCUUUAUUCACAUUUUGAUUAAUAGAAUGCCAAAUGGUAAAAUUAUUGAAAUUGAGUUAUUAUUUUUAAUAAAUGUUAUUUU